CUAUUUUCUAUCCGGUAAGAAGUCCACCAGUGAUAAUUUCAUAACAUCCGGUAGUUGCCCACUGGGUCGGAGUACAAACACACCCUCAAGGCUGUGUUCAUUUAUAUGACGAGUCAUCGGUGCCAUCUAGAGUCCGCAUCAUGCCUUCUAGCUGUGGCAACUAGGCGCCACCCCAAUUCUGCAUUUUUCAAUCGUGGAAGAAUGAUUACGUCCCUUGAGGCCACGGCCGCCUCGCACAUCCUCCAUCAAUGUGAAUGCGGUGUUCAUGCAAGCUUGUUGAAACUCGAGAUAUCCGUAUACGAAAUUAUCCCAUGACACCGUUUCAUAUACUGUCUCAACACCAUUGUCGGCGGCGAACUCGGACCACAUGUGCGUCGACUCCGCUCCGAUUAUAAGAAUGGCCUGGAAAACGCAAGGUUCGCCAUCAAUACAUUCUACAUCUUUCCACUUUGAGAAAUACAGCUUGUUCACUUGCUGCGUACUCACCUUUGCGACUAUGACUAUGACCAUGACAAUUCCAGGCAACCUUCGAACUGGGACUUACACUAUUAGGAAUGCCAGUACAAAUGACUUUGUCGCUGUACAAGGUCCAUCCAAAGCUGCUACCCUGGAAACGAGCAAUGAUGGCCGGGCAGAGAAUGCUGCAUGGGUCCUUGAAAAACUCAGUGGGCAUUACGACAAGUACAACAUAAGAAAUUUCGCGCAAAACUCGUAUGCCACUGUCCACUCCGCGCAACAAAGAAAUGCUGCACUCACCUGUGGGCGCGAGAUGUGCCCUUGGAGUAUCCGACCAACUGGAUACGGAACUUAUGUGAUAUCACCACACUCGGAUGCUUCGUUGUUCUGGAGCCUGAUAAAGUCCGGGGAUCAUGCACAGGCGCUGUUGACAGAUGAUCGGACCACCACCGUCCAUUGGUACUUGCAUCGUGUGUCGGCCUGAAGCAUGAAUGGACAAUGGGCUGCAAUGCAUAUGAAGGUCGAACUCGACAUCAUAGAAUGUCAUGCCUAAGCCCCCUUACCCUUAUUCCAAAUCUCGUGUUUGGCGUGGAGAUACUCGUUGGUGGGGGUAAGCUAAGUGGAGGCGCUGUGGUACAAUAGUAUAUUGUGAUCAUGUUACCUACGUUUUCGAACUCAGAUAGAUUCUUCAAGCUACACCUUUAUAGUCGGUCAUCAGAUCUAAUGACGUUAAUCCGUAACAAUAACCUAUC